AUGAAGAGCAGUCUUCACAAGAGAGUGGUAGCUGGUAAAGCCAUCUUACUUUUAAGCUUCUGGAACCUUCCUAUCACAGCUAAACUCACUAUUGAAGAGGUGCCACCCCAUGUUGCUGAAGGGAAGAAUGUUCUUCUACUUGCCCAUGAUCUGCCAGUGCAUCCUGUAGCCUUCCACUGGUUUGAGGGAGAAACCAUCACAAUCAAUAAUUUAAGCUACACAGGGCCUGCAUUCAGCAGGAGAGUGACACUCUAUACCAAUGGAUCCCUGCUGUUCAAGAACAUCAUGGAAAAAGACUCAGGAAUUUUCAUCCUACAAAACAUUGAUAUAGACCUUGGGAAUAACUUUACCAUCAGUCAGUUCUUUGUCACUACCCUCAAUAGGACCACAUUAAAGAAAAUUACAGUGCUUGCUAAUUGGAUCCUUCUGUUCCCAUCCUCUGUCCUCAGAAGCAGUGACACGGUCCUCCAUCGAAGCCACCAACACCACAGUUAUAGAAAGGGCUCUGUGGUCUUCACCUGCCUCUCUGGUGACCCUGGAAUCUGCAUCCAUUGGAUCAUCAAUAAUCGGAGCCUAUAGUGCACAGAGAGGAUGACCCUAUCACAGAACAACAGCAGGCUCAGCAUAGACCCUGUCAAGGUAGAAGAUGCUGGGGACUGUCAGUGCGAGGUCUGUAACCCAGUUAGUUCUAAGAAGAGUCACACAGUCCACCUGGCAGUGAAUAGUAAGUGA